AUGGCGAAGAAAAAGGGUGGGGAUGACGCUUCCAAAAAGUCAGUGCAAAAGAAGAAAAAUCAAGCCAUUGAGGAUAAGACAUUCGGACUGAAGAACAAGAACAAGUCCAAGAAGGUCCAACAACACAUCCAAUCAGUCCAGAAAAGUGUAUUGAACAGUGGAGAUCCCAGGCAACGGAAGCAGGAUGAGGCUCGCGCCAAAGCCAAGGCAGACGCCAAGGCCCGAAAGAAAGCCAUGAAGGAAGAACAGGAUGCCUUGUUUGGUGCAGCUCUAUUAGCAGUUUCCAAGAAAAAGACAACCGACAAAAAGGGUGGAAAGGUGGAAGCCAAGGGACGAGAUGCUGACGAUGAGGGAAACAAGAAGAGUACCAGUCGAGCCAUGAAGAUGAUGUUCCAAAUGGAUGCUCAGGAAAUGAAUGAUAAACUUCGAGAAGAUCCCAACUAUGUUCCAACAUUGGAAGAUGAAAUUGAAAUGCAACGACAAACGAAGAUUGAGGAAUUGAAAAAGUCAGGCAAGAGUACACCCAUCACAGAAGCAACUUUCAAAGAAUGGCAAGAACGAAAACGAAAAGCCAAGGCAGAAGCUGCCAAGAAACUGGUGGAGGCCGAGAUGAAAAAGAAAAAGGGAGGAAAGGGAUUGGCAGUACUCAGUGGAAGAGCCUUGUACGAGUACAAAAAGUCCUUAUUCACGGCUGGAGACGAAGAAGAAGAUGUGGAUACAUCCAUUCCAGAGCCAGACGACGAGGACACUACUGCAACCAACAACGACACUACUACUGAACAAGAACAACAACAAUCCGCAACAACCAAUGGUGAUGUGGCAAAUGUGGCUGCCAAAGUGGAGACGGAUCUGUUUCUGGAAGGAGAUGACGAUGAUUUAGACGACCUUGAGGAUGACUAG